GCUCUGUACAGUGGUUAGAAGACGUGUGCGCCGCCUGUGUUCGACAUUAUAGGUUUGUGCGUCGUCGAGUUGACUGCUUUUCGUGCCAAAGGAUAACUGAUACCUGAUCUGAAGUCAGCAAGAUGACGACAGCAAGCGUCUUGCUCACUGUAUCGACGAAUUGGGGCUCCAAUGAUUAUUGUGAAAAAGACGGGAUUGUACGAAAAGUGAGGAAUACGGCCGAAGUAGCUGCGGGUGAGCUAAGAGAGUCUCCCGCUACGAAGGAACAGGCUCUCCUUAAUAUGAGGGAAUGGAUUCAGAAGAACCCAGACAUAAGAAACGUAAGACAAGAUGAUACGUUUUUAUUGCGAUUUCUCCGACACAAGAAGUUCAGCGUGCCAAUGGCUCAGCAGACACUACUUAAGUACUUAAACCUGCGAAAAUUCUAUAGCAACUGUAUGGUAAAACUGGACUGUCAAGAUCCGAACCUGAAGGAAAUUAUUAGCAGCGGGUACAUUGCAGUUUCACCAGUUCGUGACAGCUUCGGUCGGAGGGUCAUAGUCUAUAACAUGAGUAAAUUCAAUAUAAGCAAGUUCACAUGCUGGGAUAUGGUUCGCGCGCAUGCUGUAAUCUACGAGACACUGAUGGAAGACCAGACGGACCAGGUCCAUGGCUUCGUGCAUGUUGGCGAUGGUAUGGGAUCCAGUAAGACCCACGUCACAGCUUGGAACCCUAUAGACUUCGCUCGGCUCAUUAAGUGGGGAGAGCAAUCCUUCCCAAUGCGCCACAAAGGUUUCCAGCUGUUCAAUGUCCCAUCGGCUCUUAAAUACAUUAUUGAUUUUGCUGCGAGCAAAGUGUCUCCUAAAAUAGGCGAGCGUUUACGUCUCCAUUCAACAAGCAAAACUCUAUAUAAAGAAGUGGAUAUAUCUUGUCUUCCAACAAACUUCGGCGGAAAGAUUCCUCUACAAGAAAUGAUUGACUUCACUUAUAAACUCCUUGAAGAGAAGCGGCAAGUUCUUCUAGACCUCGACGACAUGGAGAUCUUAAGUACAAGAGGAAUUGUAUCUUCAAGAAAUACCAGCUCAUCCCCUGAAGGAUCUGUAGAAGGCAGUUUUAGGAAGUUAGAGAUUGAUUAAUGGCAUUUAUAUAUUAAUUUUGGUUAAGAUUUGAAAUGUAAUUAGUUUGUACUGCUUGUAACUUAGUAGUAAGUAGCCUCCAUAAAAAUAAGUAGUUUUAAUCGUUGAUUUAAUAUUUUGUUGCGUCUCCUCUCGUCUCGUUGCGUCUCGAGAACUCCUUAUUACUGUUUGUGGAUACGAAGGAAAAUUUAAUUUUUAAUAUCAGUUCUAGUUCAGUUUAGGUACACUAGCAAGCGUUUCUGGUUCACUUAAAAAAUAGUUUAAUAACUAACCUAUUUAAAAACCCCAAAGGAGGUUUACAAUUUAUUAUACAUCCCCUGUUGUCGUUAUCUUAGCACAAGAACUUAAAAAUAAAAUCAAAAUUUGUUAUUGAAGUUCUAUAAUAAGGCUCUACGUUGUGACGUCCAACCAUACCGACAAAAAAUCACCGAAAACAUUUUUUUCUUUAAUAUAGUUACUACUAGUUACCUAUUACUAUAAAAUUUUAUAAAAAAGACGUCUAAAUUAGAUUUAAUUGUUUUUCUAUUCAAAAGAAAGGGUGACCAUGGUAACAAAUGUUGUUUCUUAGUUCUAUUUGUGUACAUCAACAAUUUUAAGUCGUUCUCGAAACGAGAGGGAUUUAACAAUAAAUCAUUGUGAGUUUUAUGUUCAAAUAAAAAAGUUGUGAUUGUAUUUUUACUUUUGGUACAUAGUAGGAGUCAUAUAUGUAAAUUAAUGUAACUGUAUAUUAAAUCAAGAAUAUAUUUCGCUGCUUUAAUACUUUAUCUGGUAAUUGUGUCGCAAUUAUUGUUAAUUUAAAUAAACUUGCAUAGGGACUCUACCCUUAUGAGCUUUAUACUCGGACUAAUUAAGAAUAUCAAUCAAAAUAGUAUAAGUUCAAAUGAGUUUAUUAAUAUUACUUACGUAGUUGUUUAGUGUAAUUGGGUGUUAUAAAGCUUCGAGAAAGCUACAGGUGGCGUCAUUGCGACGAAAGCUGGCCGCCAUUGUUUUUUUGUAUAAAAAUAAAAGAAAAAUAUGUAAUCUAUAUAUUUUGUAUGUUUAUAAAAGUGUCGUGAUUACCGGGAAUCAGAUUCAGAAGAAGGAAGAGGUCUCGAAUUUCGUUCUUCGGUUGAGACUUUAAGUGUAAAUUUAAGGAAAUGUAAGCUCCCUUGCCUUGUAUAAAGUAAUGUAUAAAUAAAACUUAUAGAUUCUCGUA